AUGAACCGUCUCAGGAACCGGAAGAAGGCCAAGGAGGAGGAGGCGGCGGCGGCGGCGGCGGCGGCCCCCCGGCCGUCGGUCGACACCGAGUCGCCAGGCACAUUCAAGAUGUUUGGUCGAUCCAAGAAGCCCGUCGAGGAGCCCAAGCCGGAGAUCGACCUGGCCUCCGCCCUGCCUUCCACCGAUGACUUCCGCACCAGCCUGCUCAUGACCGGUCUGUCCAACCGCUUCUCCAUGCUGCGCGAGCAGGAUGACCCGACCAGCAAGCUUGGCAAGUCAUUCGACGACAGCGUACUGCAGCCGAGGCGCCAGUCGAGGAUGGACUUCCUCGGACCCUCCGGCUUGGACGACAUCGCCGAGGUCAGCUCCCUGCGCAAGCCCAGCAUGCCCGGCCGCAUCGACUCCUUCCAGUCUUCCGACGAUGCCGCCUCCACAAACGGCAGCCUCAUGGGCAGGAGCAAGCCGACCGAGGGCAACAACCUGUUUGGCGGACGGCAGAAGAUCUACAAGAUCACCUCCUCGGGAACCGGGAGGGCCCUCUACGACGACGACGUCGCCCAGUCCGCCUUCCAGAAGUGGCGCCAGUCGGAAAAGGAGGCCGCCGCCGCUAGACUGUCGCUCGAAGAGUCGGACGCCUCCGCCGCCGCAAACGACCUGGGAGCAUCGUCGCAGCCGGACUCGAAUGAUUUCAACCGCCGACGCGAAACUAGCUCCACCACGUCGUCGGUACCGUCAGCCGCGCGGAACUCCACGGCCGCCACCUCCAUCGCGUCGGCAUUCCAGCGUACGCCGUCGCUGAAGGACUGGCAGCCUCCGUCGGCGGCCGGCUCCGCCUCCGGCAACACCGGCGGCAGCAGCACAAACGCCCUCCCCAACGCCGCUGCCGCAGCAGCCCACAUCCCCGAGCGCAGCGUCACUCGCACCCGACGCCUGUACGAGCAGAGUCUCCACCAGGACCUGCACGACCACCAGUCGUCAGCCCUGUCCCGCAUAGACACCCUCUCCCGCAACCGCACGACGGGGAGCUACAACCCCGGCAACCGCACCCCCGACCUCCCUUGCAAUGGCGGCAACGGCCAGUCACCCACCGUCGGCGCCUUCUCCGCCGUGGACAUGGCACGCCGGUCCGUCCUGUCCAAGGGCAGCGCACCCAAUCUGCGGUCCUCCACCUCGACCACGAUCUCCGCCUUUGGCCAGCCUUCGCCCACCAUCGACGGCGGCAACGGCGCCAAGCCGCUGUUUGAGCUGAGGCGCGGACCCAGCCCCGUAUCCGGCGGACCUGCCGGCCAGCAAAAUGCCUCGGCCUCGCUCCCGCCCCUGAGCCCACCCAUCAGCGAGACCGGGGAGUAUCCGUCCAUGUCGAUCGGUGCCAACGACAGGGGCAAGGCCACCGCUCUCGGCUUCUUCAGCCGCCCUGCCGGGCAGUACGACGAGAACCGGUACGCCCAGCGCCAGCGUCAGCUCCAGCAAGGUCGCGAGACUCCGCCUACCACCACGGGCCGCAACAGCGCAGGGUCCAACGUCUCGGCCGAUGCCAACGACGGGUCGAGAUCCUCGUCGUCCAUCAACCGCGCGCCCGUCGCUGACGCGGUGGCCUCCCCGACCAGAGCUACGCAGCCGACCGUCCGGGAGACGGGGGAGGCGCGGAGAGGUGCUGACGAGACCAGCGGCGCCACGUUCCUAGACACCAACGACGACGAUGAGGAUGACGACUACAUGAGCCUCGCGGCAGACGCUGCACCCUACCUCGACCUGCCCCCGCAGCUGACGCUCAACUUGCCGAUCGACGAAGACGACGGCCAGGAAUUCCGGCCAUCCCUGGGCGGCUCCAACAGGCCGUCGCCCUUGACCCUCACGCCAGACAAUGCUUCGACGGUCAGCGGCAAGGGCACGGUACCCGACGAGGACUCGCCGACACUCGGCCCGGCCUCCGGCCUCAGCGGUAUGGUCAGGCAGCAUCUCCGCCACGACAGUGCCGCUUCGUCCAUCUACGGCGCCACGGCCGACAGCUCGGUGGCGGACAACGACAGCCAGGCGCCCUACGAGUACGGAAAGCGGCCGCAGGACAGGAUGGACGGUUCCCGCAGCGUGGGCGCAUCAUCGAGCCUGUGGGGGGCCGAACCGGCGCAGCAUGCUUCGAAGCAGCCAGACGAGGAGGACACGGAGGACUUUGCCCGCCAUCUUGCCGAAGGUGCUCGCAGGGUCCGGGAGAGGCUGACGUCGUAUGCCGACAUGGAGCACAGCCGUUCGUCGUCGCCGAAUGCGACCCGUCCUCAGCAGCAGCCGGACGAUGACCUCCCGCCACCCCAGACCGGCAACGCCUACGAGGCCCUGCGUCCAAGGUCGAGCCGGAGCUCCAUGGCUGACCGCGAGCACAGCCGCCAGCGCACGCCCUUCUCGGCCGCAUCACCUCCUCUGCAGCACGGUUCCAAGGCGCCCUUUGACGACACUCCGCCGGCAUCGGACCCCGCGGCGAAGGAUGACGGCGGCCGCAGGUCGUCUGAGCAGUCCAGCGCAGACGGCGGCAAGGGCAAUGCCCUCGCUGGCCUGAAGGCCUUCCGCCAGGCUCGUCGGGAGCUGCAGAAGAUGAAGGAGCCGGACAGCGAUACGCGGCGCAAGGCACCCCCGCCGCCGAUGCCUCAGAAGGCCCCACCACCUCCGCCCGUGUCAUACAACAACAACAACAACAACAGCUCGCGUCCCGGGUCGAGGGCCGCGUCGGAGCGAGAUAGGAGCGGGUCCGAGGCUAGCAACAGCGGACAGCCCUACCGUCUCCCGCGCGUCCGCGCCGGAUCAUCAGCCCGUGAUGCCCAGCAGCAGCAGCAGCAGCCCCCGCCACCUCUGCCACUUCUGCAGCCCCGAGCAUACAGUCCCACCACCGCGACGGCUCCUAGCCCUACUCUCAAGUCCCCUCUCGUCCGACCAGCGGUCGGCGGUGGGAUGACGACGAUGUCGGCCUCGUCGCCGGGUAUGCACAGCCCCAUGGGUCUGGGCCCCGCUGCGAACAGCACGAGCAGCCACCCGUCCGCCCCUCCGCCCUUGCCUCCCAUCAACCCCCGUCGCAAGUCUCCCGGCAGCUGGUCGCAGCAGGAUCCGCUUCCGUCGCCCACCACCAGGCUGACCCCUACGGGCACGUCGACGCCGGAUUUCCUCGGCGGGGGGGGGAGGUCACCCCGUGCCACGGAUGACACGGCCAAUGCACCGGCCCAGUCCAAGCAGAGGCUGCGCAGGAUGGAGCCUUCGCCUUCCUCGCCGCGCGGUUGGGACGCCUCCGGUUCUUCUACCCGUGGAAUGUUUUAG